AUGUCGCAUACAGCAGAACGAAGAAAUGAUGAUCAAUGGCCAGGAGAUUCAAAAAAUGGUCCCAGUGAAAGCGAGCAACCCACAUACGAUGGACCGCCAGGAAUGGAUCCUGAUGGUAUCAUCGAGUCCAACUGGGACGUUGUUGUGGAAAACUUUGAUGAAAUGAAUUUAAAGGAAGAGCUAUUACGUGGUAUAUAUGCUUAUGGUUUUGAAAAACCAUCUGCAAUCCAACAACGUGCCAUCCUACCAUGUAUAAGGGGGCUCGAUGUUAUUGCUCAGGCUCAGUCUGGUACUGGAAAAACUGCGACUUUCUCGAUAUCAAUACUUCAACAAAUUGACACUAGUCUUAAAGAAUGCCAGGCCUUGAUCCUCGCACCGACUCGUGAGUUAGCUCAACAAAUCCAGAAGGUUGUUAUCGCUCUAGGAGAUUUUAUGCAUGCAGAGUGUCACGCGUGCAUUGGUGGUACCAAUGUACGUGAGGAUAUGCGAAAAUUGGAUCAGGGUGUUCAUGUAGUCGUCGGUACGCCCGGUAGAGUUUACGACAUGAUCAGUCGACGAGCACUUCGGGCAAAUAGCAUCAAACUGUUUGUGCUGGAUGAAGCGGAUGAAAUGCUUUCUCGAGGAUUCAAGGAUCAAAUCCAUGAUGUAUUCAAAUUAUUACCUAAUGAAGUGCAGGUUAUAUUAUUAUCUGCAACAAUGCCAUCUGACGUGUUGGAUGUAUCCAAAUGCUUUAUGCGAAAUCCGAUUCGUAUUUUGGUUAAGAAAGAAGAAUUGACAUUAGAGGGUAUCAAACAAUUUUUCGUUUACGUUGAACGUGAAGAUUGGAAAUUGGAGACUCUCUGCGAUUUAUAUGACACACUGAGUAUUACCCAGGCUGUUAUUUUCUGCAAUACACGGCGUAAAGUAGAUUGGUUAACGGAAAGCAUGCAUAAACGUGACUUUACUGUUUCGGCUAUGCAUGGAGAUAUGGAACAAAAGGAGCGCGAUCUUAUUAUGAGGCAAUUCCGAACUGGAUCAUCCAGAGUUUUGAUUACCACUGAUCUUCUAGCACGUGGUAUUGAUGUACAGCAAGUCUCGCUUGUCAUUAACUAUGAUUUACCUUCCAAUCGAGAGAAUUAUAUCCAUAGAAUUGGUCGUGGCGGCCGUUUUGGUCGUAAAGGCGUGGCCAUUAAUUUCGUGACAGAGGAAGAUAAACGAACCUUGAAAGAUAUCGAGCAAUUCUACAAUACGCAUAUUGAUGAAAUGCCAAUGAAUGUCGCUGAUUUGAUCUAAGUCCGACUCUUGGCUAUAAUCCAUUAUAAUAAAAAAUAAUAAUAAAAAGUAAGUGACAGAAGCUCUCAGCUGAUCGAUCUCUCAUGGUGUGUGAGUAUAUAUUGAGUGCGGUGGUGAACUAUAUCGCUUAUGUAAACGCGAUCUAAACCAAAAUAUUCCAACGUUUUCAUAUUCAUUUUGAAUUAUAAUAGUAGGUUACGGAAAUAGUUAUCUGUUGCGCUGCAGGAGUUAGUAGUACGACUAUUAUUACUAUUAGUGUAAUUAGCACUACUGUUGCUAUCGAUAUCGCUGCUACUGCUGCUGCUACUAUUACUAUUAUUAUUAUCUCUAUCGUUACCGCUAUAAUAAUACUACUAUAAAUAUUAUACUACCAUUGGUAUAUUAUUGGUAUUAAUUAUAAUCAAGAUUAUUUUUUAUUUUAAUUUCUAACUAUAAUAUAGUGAUACUAUAUUAUCAUGAUUGAAAUAUCACACCAUAGAGUGGAAAAUAGAAUGAAAGUGCGAAAAACGCAGCACCGUGCAGUUCGAUUAUAUUUUAUUGCUAUUAUUGCAACAGGUUUUACAUUACCCAGCAUGCGUUCAUACUCUUAUCCCGUCGUAAGUUCAAUGGUCAUUGUAGAAAUCUUGAAAUCUUAUUUUUUAAGACUUCUUAUUUCGCCUAUUUUCCCCCAAGAUAUUUCUAACUGGAUGAUCAAAUCUGUUGUGUUUAAUAGUCCAUAUAAGAUGCUUCUAUCACCGCGAUUACAACUUGUUUGUCUAGGCAGAGGUUUAGUUGGGUAUUGGAGGGGAUAUUUUAAUCACAAGCGUUGUCGAAGAAGACAUAUAUUCAAGUUUAGGAAAUAUGAAUUUUUGUAUAUCUAAAGUCCCAGGCAUACACACAAAUACACACCUUAUUCAUAUUAAAUAAAGUGUUUGAUCUUUUAAGAGAGUGUAAUUUUUGUUAUUACAAUCUUUAUUUUAUCAAAUUUUAUUCAAUUUUACAAUGAAAACCCUGAACAAACUGUAUACAAGUGAGAUUCCCAAAUUCCGAAAAGGAUUGUGUUGGGAAUAAGUUUUGCGGUUUAUGUGCUGAAAAAGUUCUCACAGUUAUCUUUUAUUUGUAUUUGCAGGCAGUUUUGGACAGUCCAGAUGAGGGCGACAUAUUUUUGGAAAUAAAGACCAGAUUUCCUGAUUUAAAAUCGAAGUUUUGUAAAUCGAUUACCUCUCUAAACUCCUUUCAUAGAGCUUUUUAUAGGCUCUAGCAAUAUUUUUUCUUUUUUAUACUUUUACAUUAUUCUUGUUGAUAAAAGACAAUGAUCAACUCUUAUAUCAAAGAUUUUUUUUUUACAUUUGUCAAUAAAAUUCUUUGUGAACACUCGUUAUUGUGUAAACUUCCAUGCACUUAUCGAUGGCAGAUAUUAAAUUGAAAUGUUACAUUGUGAGAACUUUUGUAUCGUGUCUUUACAAAAAAUGAUUAAAAAUAUUGCGAUAUCAUAUUCUACUGUCGUCAUUAAACGUAAAUUUACAAAAAAAGUGUUAGUAAUAGUUUUCGAAAAUUUGAGCAAAUAAAGUAAAUCACGUAAGCACUUAGAACGCAUCUUGUAGUUAUCAAUUUCUGACUGCAUUAAUAUUAUAUUAACUUUACCUGCUCACAUAUUUGAAACGCAGCUUACGCUACUGCAGAAUCUUCUCGAAUUUCCGAAAACUAGUUAUUAAAAAAUUUUGUAAAUAUUAUAUAAAUGGACUUUGAAAGAAUAGACUAUCGUGUGUCUAUUGUGUAUUUGUAUAUCAUAAAUAAUAUUUAUGGCUGAAAUGAACCUAUAAACUGAUACACAAUAAAGUGAAUGUCCUUUAAAUAUA